AAACAUAAGGACUUGAGCAAAUUUACAUUUCCAGAAGAAAGUGAAACAGAAUUAAUAUUCGUAGUAGUGUUGUCUAGCUAAAGUUUUGAAAUAGGAAAGUUGACGAUUAUUAGAUUUUUAGCUAAGGUGGGAUCCAGCUAAUGCCAACUGUCUAGUUACGUUGGAGAUAAAUACAAUUUGUUAACGCUCUGUUUUUAAUUAUUAUUUGGCGUACGGAGACCUUGGUGACAGCCGAGUUGCUAGGGAGUGCAGUGUCCCGCUUGAAAUUAAAACCAGAGCGGAGGAAUACACAACUUGAAGCGGCAAAUAGCGCAAGGCGCGGGGAAGUGUGUGGACAGAUUCAGUGUCAUAUUUACAAUCUUAAAAUUGUUAAGAAGCAAGAUCAGAAUAUUAUAAAACAAUGGCAGACCAACUGACAGAGGAACAAAUCGCUGAAUUCAAGGAGGCAUUCUCGCUGUUUGAUAAGGAUGGAGAUGGCACUAUCACCACCAAAGAGCUGGGCACAGUGAUGCGUUCGCUGGGACAGAACCCCACAGAGGCUGAGCUGCAGGACAUGAUCAAUGAGGUGGACGCUGAUGGAAAUGGAACCAUCGACUUUCCUGAGUUCCUGACCAUGAUGGCAAGAAAAAUGAAGGACACCGACAGUGAGGAAGAAAUCAGAGAAGCAUUCAGAGUUUUUGACAAGGACGGUAAUGGCUAUAUCAGUGCUGCAGAACUGCGUCAUGUUAUGACCAACCUGGGUGAGAAACUGACAGAUGAGGAGGUGGACGAGAUGAUCCGGGAGGCCGAUAUCGAUGGAGAUGGACAGGUCAACUAUGAAGAAUUUGUGCAGAUGAUGACUGCAAAAUAAAAGCAGAAACCCAAAGGACCCCUUCACCACACAAGACCAAACAGCGCUCGAUAUGAAGACUCAAGCAUUCAGAACCAAUUGGGUUUUUUCCAUUUGCAUUUGGUUGCUCCCCUGUCAAUUUUACUUGCUUAUCUGUGUAUGUGCAGUGCUUCCUUUCAUUUCUCAUACUGUUUUCCUGAAAUAUAUUCUGGUUAUCCUAUAUCUAAUAUUUAAUAUACAGAUACCCAGAUAAACUAAUGGCAUCUAAUUAAAAAGUGACAAAUGAACAACAUUUUAACAUAGAGAAAUGCAUGCUUUAUUUCUUUGGGAAUGUUUUAGUGCUUCUCUUCUUGCAUCAUUUUUUCAAUUUUGCUUGCACCCCUUUAGCCUAUUUUCAUGUUAUUUACAGAUGUAGAUAUUUUCUGUCUUUUAGAAAUGCACAGAAAAACAUGAUGGGACAUUACAAGAUUUUAACAAAACAGACACUGACUUCCAUGUGUAGGUGGAUGUUUGGUGGAGGCAUUUUUACUAAUCUUGUUUGUACAACAAUGUUUCUUUGAACAUUACAUUAUGCAAAUGUCAGUUCAAGCAUAUUCCUAGACUUAAAUGCAUGCUAACAAACUCAUGAUCAGUUGGCUGAAAAGAUUACAGUGUAUUGCAAACAUGGUUGUUCAAGGAGCCCCUGUAGGUUUUUCAGUUUCUAUGUCCUGGCAGAAAAAAUAUACAGGGUCUGUUCUGCACCAGUGAAGUAUCAUUUGGACACGGCCAUUUUAACGAAGUAUUUGACUCAGUUUGCACUUAUUCCAAAUAAUUAAUGGCAUUGCUCAUUGUUAUUGUGUUUUCUUGAUUGUUUUAACAAUGAUGUGUGCAGACGUGGCUAUGAACUUCAGCACUGUUCAAGGCAACUUAAUUUAAGAUAUUAAUUUCCACUUCUGAAAAUACAUUUUCAUCUUGCUUCUUUUAAGGAAUUCCUGUAUUAGCAAAAUGAACUCUAGAUGUGUGAACUCUAGAUGUUUGAGAGAAUGCUGCUUGUUGUUUUCUACCUUGUGUGCAUAUGAUUGAAGUCAUGGUCUGAUGUGUUGUAGAUGCAGUAUCUGACCACACCAUAAUGCAUAUUAAGGUCAUCACGUUGUCUGGCAUAUUUAACACCGUCCGUCAUGUCAUUUAUAUUGUAUAUCCCCCUUUCCAUUCUCUUGCUUACUUUUUUACUUUAUUUUCUUUCUGUUCAUAAACAUUCUCAUUUUAUAAGACUUUUGUUAAGCUGUCAUCUCUACCCCCUGCCCUUUAACAUUGUAAGUUGUUUGGGGGAGAGGUGAAGAUUAUGCAUUCCAUUGCUGUGCACAUGUCUGUUUUCUUGCUAAUUAAAGUCUUUGACCAGUGUUUCUAUACAAA